AUGGCCGCCGACCAAACUCCGAGCAAGGCUGCUCUGUCGCUCCUCGACAACAUUGCCCAGCUUAGCGAUGGCUUCAAGAACGGAAGUCCGGGUGCGAGGGAAGGCUUGCUCGACGCAUGUAGAAGCCUUAUCACUGAAGUCAGCCAUCCCUCGGAGAAUAUGCUGCAAUUGCUGUGGGCUCAACCCGCGCAUUUGAAUAUCUUGUGGAUGUCAGUCGAAGUGAAGCUCUUUCAGGCUAUGCAGGAGAUUCCAGAGACCGGUGCCAGCACUGCAGAAAUCGCGAGCAAAUGCGACAAGAAUGUCGAUCCAGUUAUCGUCGGUCGCAUGCUUCGACAUCUCUCUGCCAUGGGUACUGUACGCGAAACCGGUCCGGGUAUAUUUGCAAACACACCAACUUCAUCUGCCUUUGCGGAGCAUUCGUACCAGGACUCAAUACUGUACAUUGCCGAGAACUUCCAGCCGGUGCACCAGUCGAUGAAGUCGUACUUUGAGCAGCGCGACUGGAAGUGCCCAGACUCUGGUAUCGAUGCCCCGUUCCAGCAUACUUACAAUUGCAAGGGGAGUCACUAUUUCGAGUACUUUCAGCAAGAGCCGGAAAUCGGGCGACGGUUCGCGAGCAUGAUGAACAUGUGGAGUAAAGGGCGGCCGCGAUGGUUCAAUAAAGAUUACUACCCGGUCCAAGACCGACUGAUCAGCGGUGCUGACCAGGACGCGCCGUUCUUGGUAGACGUCGGCGGCGGCUCCGGCCACGAUAUUGAGGGGUUGAGAGAGGCGUUUGAGGGUCAAUUGCCCGGUUCGCUCAUAUUGCAGGACAGGCCGGAGAUUGUUCAACUUGCGAAACUCGGUGCUGGCGCGGAGGCAAUGGCGCAUGACUUCAUGGCUGAGCAACCGGUGAAAGGUGCUCGUGCCUACUAUUUGCACUCCAUCAUUCAAGAUUGGAAUGACGACGUGAACACGGAGAUUUUGAAUGCGAUAGUUCCGGCGAUGAAGAAGGGAUAUUCCAAGAUUCUUAUCAAUGACUUUGUUGUACCAAGCCAGGGCGCGCAUUGGGCGCAGACUUGUCUUGAUUGGGAGCUCAUGGGCAGUCUCGGGGCGCGACAUCGCACAGAAGAGGAGCAUAAGAAGAUGUAUGAAGGUGCAGGCCUGAAGAUGAUAGGCAUCUGGCGGCACCCGCAUAGUCUCGACUCUUUGAUCGAGCUGGAGCUGGCGUAAGCUGGUAUGGUCGUUGUUCUAGUGCGACAGCCAGAAAUGAGUCCAGACGUGAUGACAGCAUUUUUCGGUUUCCUAGCUCAACGGGGCCUGGUGAAUCGAGUUUCUUGCCUAUAUGUAGAUACUGUCUAAUGACAGUGCUCACGCUGUAAUCAGACUGGUGGCAGUCCUAAUCAACGAAUAUCAUAUACACCUUACCAUUUUAGAGAUGGUACAUCA